CAGCCAUAGGUGAGUGUAGGCUACAGGUCUUGUUUGACGUUUUUAAUGUAGCCUAAAGGCAUUCUCCCAAUAGCUAUCUCCCGCAGUAAUGGUUAUGUUGUUGAAAUUGAUAGAAAAAUAGCAAGAAAAUAAACGACAACAGGAAAAAAAAAGUGUGGAGGUAGGGAGUAGAGUACACGUCAGCCUAUAGGACCAGGCGCGCUGCUGAUAUCUGGUUCCUGAUACAGGGACGUGCGUGCGUGUACGUAGCCGAGUGGGCGGUUAUAUUUUCAGAUUGUCAAUAUUUUAUUAAUUCUCUGUGCGUCUCCAACGCUUUCCUCUAUUUUCCACACUGCACCAUCAACCUCCGACGACGUCGAGGGACCAUAGGGGGGCACACGGCGACGCAGAGGAACUGAAAUGUAAACGCGCAACAAUUGAUCAUAACCAUCCGACUUGUCAGCCUUUCAUCUCCAGCCGAGUCGCGGUGAGACAGCGAAAACAUAUGGCUCCCUGAAAUAGCUGCUGCGGACCAUAUUGAACUGAAAUUGAUUCACGCCAGAGGGUCAAUAAUGUUAUAAGAUAAACGCCGGAAAGCUUCCAAUCACGUGACUGUGUAGUUUCUAUGAAAACGGCAGAUUUUUUUUUUUUUUUUUAUACCGGUGUUUUUGUGCGUGCUUAGUGUUUGUACAGUUUCGGUGAUCCCGCGCAACUCCCCUUUCUAAACACACAUCAUCUCAAGAGCGGUUUAGCAGGUUGCGUGCUCAAUGUGUGUGAUAAAGAAAUUACAUUCUAGGAAAAAUUCACUCAGAGGAUAGAGGUGUGCGUCGUUUAGCUUAGUCACUCCUCACCGGCGCCCGUUCGUCCCAGUCUGCUUCGGGUCUCUCCGCCAUCGGGAGUUUUUCUACCUCGGUUUGGUCCCAUCGUUGUUCUUCCCAGUGAACUGCAGAAGAGCGAGCUCGCUCUCCCCGGUAACAGGUCAUGUCGGUGGAGUCGGUGUUGAUCCCGGAUGACCGGGCAUUCAGCAGCUUCAAGGAGGAGUGCGGGAGCGAGGAGGGCUGGAGUCUAACCUACAAUAAGACGGGCAUGACCGUGUGGACCCAGACUAUAGGAGGAGAUGAGGAGAAGUCACUCCACAAGAUUAAGUGUCGGAUGGCGUGUAAGGACGUGCCAGCUGAGACCAUGUAUGAUGUUCUCCAUGACAUUGAGUACCGGAGGAAAUGGGACGCAAAUGUCAUCGAAACCUUCGACAUCGGAAAACUCACUGUUAACGCCGACGUGGGCUACUACUCCUGGAAGUGUCCCAAGCCGCUGAGGAACCGUGACGUUGUCACGCUGCGCUCCUGGCUGCCCACGGGCAGUGAUUACAUCAUCAUGAACUACUCUGUCAAACAUGCCAAAUACCCCCCUAAGAAGGACAUGGUACGAGCUGUGUCCAUCCAGACUGGCUACCUGAUCCAGAGCCACGGACUGAACCACUGCACUCUGACCUAUCUUGCACAUGUGGACCCAAAAGGUUCACUACCCAAGUGGGUUGUUAACAAGUCUUCCCAGUUUCUGGCUCCCAAAGCGAUGAAGAAGAUCAGUAAGGCGUGUCUGAAGUACGGCGAGUGGAAGCAGAGACACAACCCGGGAUUUAAGCCCUGGCUCUACCCUGAGCAGACUACACUACCCACAAUCCCUGUGUCUGAGCUUAGCAUCCAGCACGCAGACAGCCUGGAGAACAUUGACGAGAGUACACUCAGCGAGAUGCAGACGCGAGAGGAGAGAGACAGCGACUAACACCACACACCCCUCAGUGAGAUCGGAGAGGAGAGAGACAGCGACGCAAACACAACACAUACUUUCUCUUUCGUCUCCAGUCAGUCUCUUUGUCCUGAAUCACUGCCUAUAUCGCCCAUUAUAACAUGAUGUGUCUCUGGAUCACAUGGCUGUCUCCUGUAAAGCAUCCUGAACACAACACACACACACACACACACACACACACACACACACACACACACACAGGUCCACUCUCUUUUCCUAAAUACUACAGAUGUAUGAAUGUAUGUAGAGUUCAAUCUUAAAUACAGAUUCCUACAAAGGUUUUCACAUUUCA